UCGAGCCUGAAAGGACAAAAACACAUACGGAUCAUGUAUUGGGGUAUACUAUGAUACUAUCAAGACAGGGACAGAUGGCUGGGCUGAUUGAAAGUGCAUCUAACUCAGGACUGUACGAAUGGUAUGUCAAAGUACAAAGAAUUAACAUAGGUAAAAUUUCUAAUCACACUUAGCCUUCUGGUGUUGAGUUUGAUCACCUUUCUUGGACUCAUCCUCUCAUCGUCCGGUAGCUGCAUAACUGCAUUUGGAGCCAACAAUUAGUAGGUUACUGUCACUCAAUAUGCAUUGGCGCUGCAGUGAUCGUUGUAAGAAUCAGGUUCUUACAUAAUCACCAGCAGAAAGAUUGAUGCCUGUCACUGGGUGUAAACUGUAAACAGCGCAAAUCAUACAGUCUGGAAAGGAACAGGCAGAAACUAGAAUAUCAUCAUGUGUAAAAACAUAAAUUCAAAUCAGUGUGGACCACCAUGCUGAAUUUAUCACUGAACAGCGAACUACCAGCCCGACAAGCUAUGCCAAAGCUUCUGUAUUAUUUGCUGGAGUUGUCUCCCAAUUUCUUUUCUCAAAGUCUAAUUCCUCUGAUCAUGAACCAAAGGAGAGGAAAGAAAUGCUAUUCUGCUUUGAACUGUUGGGCCACAUGCCUUGGUCAUUUUACUGCUUAGCAUGUUGCCAAAUGUCUCAAACCAACAAGAUGUCACGGGUAGAACAAAUGGUUGUGCAAGAGAAACACAGCCCACUAAACACGGAUUGGUUUCGCACCUCAUUUGAGACAUCUGUGACAGCUAAACCUGAGUUCAGACCGACAAUGGGACAGAUAAUGUUAUCAAAAAAAGUCACAUAAACAAUCUCUUUGCCCUGACAAAACAACAGAACAGAGAGGUCCUUUUGCUACAGAUAUGGCUCAAGAUCACUAGAAAGAUUAAAAGUUCAUGAGACUAUAUGUCCGAUUCUUCUUUGAGUAGUUAACAUGACCAUAUGUCGAGGUUCAUUCAGUCAACAAGAUAAAGGCAAGAUAUCAAAAGGUCACAUAAUUACCAAAUAUUCGGGAUUGCACUUUCACGAUUAUUAUAGUUCAGCAUAUAAACAAAACAAUAAGGGACUUUAUCUGGUUGAAUAAAGAUGAAUCAAGGUGCCGAAAGAUAUUAGGUCCAAGUAUUUUACUUUUCUUAUAUUUCCACAUGAAUAUGAUCAAUUCGUUGCCAUUGUUCACUCAAACGGAAAGUCCUGCACACAUUUGGAUAAUUUCAAAGGCUCUGCUAAAGUUAAAACACGCAUUGAAAAAACAUGACGUUCAAAUGUGCAGACCAUGUAAUAAGAAUGGGAACGCAACUGGCUUUAAUCCAGCAUGGGCAAUUUGGACAAUUUCAAAGGCUCUGCUAAAGUUAAAACAUGCAUGGAAAAGUUUGCACAAUACCAGGCUUCUGUCUAUGUAAGACAGCUACAGUGCUCUUGAAACCCUUACAGACCCAGAUUGGGCAGGACAUUUGGAGUGUUCUUCAGGUCCCUCCAUUAUGAUCUCCUGGCCAACCAUCUACCAUGUUCUUGAAGAAACAGUGCCCUUGUAUGUAGCUAUGAUAGUGGCCUACUUAUCCAUACAAUGGUGGAAGCUGUUUACCCCAGAGCAGUGCUCUGGGAUCAACAAGUUUGUGGCGAAGUUCUCCAUUCCUUUGCUCUCUUUCCAGAUUCUCUCUACAAACAAUCCUUAUGACAUGAACAUAAAGCUCAUAUUCUCAGACAUCCUACAGAAAUCAAUCUCCUUGCUGGGGUUUGCAGUUAUCUCUAAAGCAUGUUGUGUGGAGAAGUUUGAUUGGCUGAUUACAGGUUUUUCUUUAUCAACACUGCCAAAUACCUUGAUUGUUGGUAUCCCAUUGCUGAAAGGAAUGUAUGGCGAUGAAGCUGUGAAGCUGCUAAGUCAGAUAGUUGCCUUACAGAGCCUAAUUUGGUACACACUUCUGUUGUUUCUGUUUGAGUUUCGGGCUGCUAGAGGAAUAGAUACCACAUCAUCAUCAGAAACUGCAAAUGAAGAAGAAUCAGGUACUCCAGCACCUAUGCGGGAAAGACAUGAAGAGGGCCAAGCAAAAGGAGUAUCAGCAAGAUGUUAUAGUGCUUUUCGCUUUUUGUUGGUGGUCGGUAGGAAGCUAGUUAUGAAUCCAAAUAUGUAUGCAAGCCUAAUAGGUCUAAUCUGGGCACUGAUCAGCUUCAGGUGGAGAAUACAAUUGCCAUUGAUCGUUAGCAAUUCCAUAAGAAUACUUUCAGAUGGAGGGCUAGGGAUGGCAAUGUUCAGUCUAGGCCUUUUCACCGCCCUACAAACUAAAAUAAUAGCCUGUGGAACCAAAAAGAUGCUAGUAUCGCUAGGCAUCAGAUUCUUCCUAGGACCAGCCCUGAUGGUGAUCUCUUCCUAUGCAAUAGGAAUGCGUGGGACUUUGCUGAAGGUGGCUAUCAUACAGGUAGAUUCUAGUCCUUUCAUUUGUAUCGUCCAUUCUAACACAACUGUGUGGGCUUCAACGACAAAUGUGAUGCUUCACCUCUCAAGUUCUGCACAGGCAGCUCUACCUCAAGGAAUAGUGCCAUUUGUGUUUGCGAAGGAGUAUAACGUGCACGCUGAUAUUCUGAGCACUGCAAUAAUUGUCGGCAUGAUGGUUGCGGUUCCUGUGGCCCUGGGUUACUACUUCGUCAUCGACCAUCCCAGACUCUAACCAUCCCCUAUUU